AUGUUUAGCUUCAGCUAUCCCAACGGUGAACCUCAGACCCCCACGAGGACUCCUCCGACGACCAUCUUUGGGGAUUCCGCCUUCCAGACCCCCAAACUUGAAUCAAGCUUCUUCGAUCCCCGAGUGACUUGGGACACCUCCGAUCCAUACGCCUCCAGUCCUGAAUUUCUCCGAACGCCCCAGAAGUUUGGCCUAAGCACUCCGUCCAACCGUCCGCUCCGACUCCCCGAGACAGUCCCUGAGCAACCCACGGACCAGGAUAGCCUCAAUGCACAAAGUACCAAGCCGGUAGACCAACAGUCUGACACAGCCAAGCGCAUCCGAGCCGCAAAACCCACGGGGAAUAAUCUUGACGAUGGGCCACGCACAGUAGGCUCGGCCAAGUCUGCUGCCUCCAUGCAGACCCCUCCCCCAAGCAGUGCUUCCAGGAGGAAGAUCACCGGGUUGGGAGACGAAGAUGGGACAGGGCGGCGACCCUCGGCGUCCAGCGUCAUCGGCACGCAUCUAGAGACCCCGAGUCGGCUGAUGGGCGCUUCUCCCCGUCUCUUUGGAGACCUGCAGACCUCCCCGGACCCGUUCCAGCUCGCAUCCAUUGAUCCCUCGGCGUCGCCCUUCUUCCCUCAGCAGCGCUUAUUCUGGGACCAUGACCUUCCUCAGCAACACGAGGACCUGGGCCUAUCUGGAAGUAAUAUGAACGGGUUCGGGACCACAACAGACACCUUCCCCAACCAUCCACCCCUCCAUGAUGCUCGCAUCCCACAGCUUCCCUCCAUUGAAGGCAGUCUCGACCUCCCGGAUUUCAGCCACAACAACCUGUAUGGUCUAUCAUCCGGAGCGACUACCGAUGCCGCCUUAUUUCCGGCUCCUUUCUCGACCUCUCCCCGUCUCCCGACCACUAAGGCGGAAGAUCCAGCCAUGUUUUUGAGCUCUCCGGCACGCCGGUUUGGCGGGCCCCAGCCUACCCCGGAAAAGAGACUCUUUUCGCGGCCACCCCGACAGCCAUACCACCAUCAGACCGAAGAAUCCAAGCGGGAGCAACUGCGUCGAUCUCAGAGCGUGCAUCGUCAACUUCCCGCGUACGAUGAUGAAGAGGAGGAUGAUGAUUUCACCCCUCGACAGGCUCGACCGACCUUGACUCGAAGUCUCACCCAUAGUGCGAUUAGCGCCCACCGUCCCGGACUCGGGGGCAUGACAUCCACCAGCGGCAUCCGGAAGAGCCCAUCUAAGGGUCGUCUUUCUCCGACGAAACCCCGUCAGCCUCUCUCUCGGGCCAACUCGGUGGCUGGCACUAUUCCCACCCGCUCUCAGUCCGUGAUCCUCAAGAUCGGAAAGGAUGGACGGGCAAAGACAGAAAUGCAGCCCGUCCCCGAAGCGACCACCGGUUUGACGGAUCCGAUUACGGCCAUGGAUCUGGAGGGAUCAACCACCGAGAGUGAAUAUGACUCGGCAGAGUUUUCAGAAUACCCUGCAAUGGGUAGUCGGACUCCGUCGUUCGCUUUCUCUGAUGCGGGUCGCCCGAUGCUCGCGCGCAGUGACUCCGGCUCCCGGCCGCAUUCAAAAGGCUCCUAUACCUCGACCGCGGCGUCCUCUCACUCCGGACGGGUGUCGCCCUGGAGCGGAGCGCCUCGCGGGCCAGUCCGUCGGCCAACAUACCGGACGCUCGGCGAUGACUGGAAGCGAACCCCUAAGCGGCAAUCCAUGAUCGGCUCGGAUUUGUCUUACCGCAGCGCCAGCUCUAUCCCAGCUCCCCGCGCGGAUUCGGAGGAGGAUACGGGCGAUGCCCAGCACGCCCUUCGGAAGGUCCUUCGGGAGAAGGGCCGGAUGUCUCGACCGCAUACGGUGAACUAUGGCUCGCGGUAUAACCGCUCCUCCCGGUCGUUGGCCCAUCUCCGCUCGUCUCCGCCCCGGUUUGGCGGCGAGCCGGACUUUGGACUACGGGACAUGAACACGUCUCCCACGACCAUGACGGAUCCUGACUUGGCCACCCCAAGCAUCGACCGAUAUAGUAAUCCCAGCAACGGGACGCGCUGUAUCUGUAACUCGAUGGACAAUGGGGGCCACCUGAUGAUUCAAUGUGAAUCCUGCAGCCACUGGUUACACACCAAAUGUGUAGGAUUAGAACGAGCCAACCUCCCCUCGGUCUACGUGUGCGUGUUCUGUGCGCAAACCCCGACUCGCCGAAACCGUGUCAGGGUGCCGGUUAACAACAUCGGCCAUGUUCCAACAUCACCCUUAGCUCACAAAUCCUAUCGAUUCCGAUGA